AUGGACCACUUGCUCAACCAGCAGCAACAGCAGCAGCCCAAUGCAUCGUUCCCAGACGACACGUCGACUCCGGAUGACCACGUUGUGAUCAAGAACGAGACUUUGAAGGCGACACCUGACCCGCUCUGUGUUUCGGCUUCACCGACGCUCCCGAACUUGACUUCGCGGCUCCUGCACUCGGUAGUGAGUCCCAAUAGCUCUGCUGCUAGUUUGGGACUGCAGAUGCUAUCGAGCUCGGCUGCUGCCCCACCAGCUCGAUUGACUGUACCAGCUUCGUCACCCCCUCGCCUUCCGCCGAUUAGUCUCUUGACGGCAGCUGCUGCGACGUUGCAGCAGCCCGUGCAAUGCUACCCGCCUGCCAUUGAUCCACCCUAUCAUUUACGUCCACUACUAGUGACGCCGUUGGCGUACGCGGCACCAGCUGUUCCGGCUUCGACUCUGCCUUCCCUCCCACAGUCUAGUACGGACCGUCCGCAACUGGACGACCGCCUGUGUCGCUACCGCAAUAAAAAGUGCGGCUACCCUCGCGCGAUCAAGCGCAAUGGCGAGCGCCACAACUUGUGCGAGCACCACCGCGCGAAAGCGAAUCAGAACCAGCGGAAGCUCGAGAGCAAGCGACGCGUGAAGAAACGGAUGGUCGCGGAUCGCGUGGGCAAAGAAAAGAAGAUGGUCGUGUCGCCCGAGUUCAAGCUCACGUUGAAGCUGGCUGUUGCUGAAUGUGCCAUUGACUUGAUCAUGGAGCGUUUAGACGUAGUAGCGUUGAGUGAGGUACACAUUGCCAAGAUCAGAGAGCUGUAG